GGCCAUGGGGAGACCCAUGGCCGCAGCCUGUGAGAUCAGCAACGUGUUCAGCAACUACUUCAGCGCCAUGUACAGCCCGGACGAGCCCGCCCCGGCCCCGGCCCCGGCCCCCCUGCCGCCCGCCGACCUCGCAGAGCCCCUGAGCCCCCCGAUGCCGCCCGAGGGCCCAGAGAAGGCCAGCUGGUCGCGGGAGCAGCCCCAGUUCUGGUCGCAGGCGCAGGUGCUGGACUGGGUCAGCUACCAGGUGGAGAAGCACCAGCUGGACGCCAGCACCAUCGACUUCUCUCGCUGCAACAUGGAUGGGGCCACGCUCUGCCGCUGCGCGCCCGAGGACCUACGGUGCGCCUUCGGGCCGCUGGGCGACCAGCUGUACGCCCAGCUCUGGGACCUCAUGUCCAGCCCCAGCCUCCCGGACGAGCUCAGCUGGAUCAUCGACCUCCUGGAGCAGGACAGCCCCUCCUUCCAGGACUCGCUGGUGGACCCCGGCCCCUUCGACCAGGGCAGCCCCUUCGGCCCGGAGACGCCGGAGGACGGCCGGCAGCCCAGCCCCUGCCUCUCGGGCGGCUACGGCGCGGGCACCCCCUCCCCGGGCAGCUCGGACGGCUCCCCCGGCUCCACCGCAGGGACCUGCGCCUCCGGGUGCUCCCCCUCCGACUCGGGGGGCAGCGACAUGGACCUGGACUCCAGGGACAGCAGGCUCUUCGCCAGGGCCGACCUCCCCGACUACAAGCAGGGGGACCCCAAGCACGGGAAGCGGAAGCGGGGCCGGCCCCGCAAGCUGCGCCAGGAGCCCCGGGACAGCACCGACGGGCGCAAGAGCAAGCACGCGCCCCGGGGCACCCACCUGUGGGAGUUUAUCCGGGACAUCCUGCUGCACCCCGAGCUGCACGACGGGCUGAUGCGCUGGGAGGACCGGCGCGAAGGCGUCUUCAAGUUCCUGCGCUCGGAGGCCGUGGCCCAGCUCUGGGGCCAGAAGAAGAAGAAUAGCAGCAUGACCUACGAGAAGCUCAGCCGCGCCAUGAGGUACUACUACAAACGGGAGAUCCUGGAGCGGGUGGACGGCCGGCGGCUGGUCUACAAGUUCGGCAAGAACUCAAGCGGCUGGAGGGAGGAGGAGGAGGAGGCCGGGAGCCGGCACUGAGGGUCCGAGCAGACCGAGCCUGACGCGGGACGCGGACCGCGGCCGCGGCCCCGACCGACCGGCCGGCCGGCCGGCGGGAGGACCGUGCAGAGGAGGCAGAGGCCCGGGUCUCCCCGCCGACGCCGACGCCGACGCCGACGCCAUCUCGUGGAAUGACAAGCCCCGGGAGUGACGGGAUUUGCCCUCACUGACCUCGGUGCACGUGUGGCUCCGCCCGGACCAGGCCCCGAGGCGCCCGGACGGGUGCGGGACGGAGGCGGGGAGGCCCAGGGCGCCGGCCAGCCCCUCGCCCAGUGUGUGGCUCCGCGGGCGGGGGUCAGCACGCCCUAUUUAUGUGCCUUCGAUGCCAGCUGUACAUAGAGAUGUAUUUUUUCUAAGACGUCGUCCCCCUGACUGACCGCUCUCGGCCCCGGGGGGCGGGGGAGCCGGACGCUCAGGACGGUCCGGCUCCUGAGCCGGGGGGCUCAGACACCCCCAAUAAAGUGCCCUCUGGGCUUUUUGUA